GCGAACCCCCCUGCACUUCGGCAUUGCACGAUGCUGACAGUGGUACUACGCAUCCCAAAAGCAUGCCUCAAGAACAUGCUCUCAACCGAGAAGGGCUCUCUAAAACGCGAAUCUAGCCUCCCACCGUUCAUGCCACUGGAUUACUGGGUAUGGGAAGAGGAAUCAUCCUUGUCCCAAAGCAUGAAUGAUGGUUCUUCUCACUCUGGUACCGACUAAGCCUGACAUAUCUGGUCAAUGACACACCAUUUUCUUUAAUUCUGUCACCCAUCUUCCUCGGGAGUGACGAACCCGCUUUCCGUGCUACGUCCUGAAAGGACCGAAGAACAAAACUUCUGGGGAUCCCAGUUCACCCUCGUCAUGUCGUCCGCAUGCUCUCAACGCUCUCUCUUCCUCUUCUUUCGCUUCCCCCCUUCGACCCACCCGUCAUUAGGGGACCAGGCAGCACAGGCUGGCUCGCUGGGCGAAAGCAUGAUGAUGCUUAGCUAGCCCACAACAAACCCUCUUUCUCACUUCGUCUCUCCCGCUGGCGGUAGACGUUUUCCAUAGCCAUGGCCGCUAAUCACUCGUUUAACGUUUUCACUACCUUCGUUCUCUUCUUUUUUGUAUUAAACUUCUUAAUAUCUUCAAGCUGUGCCUUGAAGGAUGGCCGCCAUGUUGAAGCAGAGCAUGAGGCGCCACAGGGGUGGGCCGAGAGAGAAAUUCACGACGACACAGCGACAAAUCUCUUCUCAUCACCACCGCCACCAUCAACGAUUACGAUAACCAUAACCACCAUCUCCCUCUUCACCUCAACCAUAACCCCACCUCCCUCCCUGCUCCAUGUCCAACACCGCCGCCAAGGCCCCGACCCAGAUAAUGACAACGCCGUCGCCGACCUGCAAUCCCAAAUAACCUCCCUCUCCUCCCAACUCUCCGCCCUCUCUCAAGCUAGCUCACAAACCAGCCAACAACUCUCGCAAUCGCUACAACAAGCCUCCCAAUCCCUCGCCCAGGCUUCCCAGAGGCUAAGCCAGACCGAACAGAGCUUAGCUGGCGCAAGGAUCACACAGCAAGCGGCUGAGCAGGCUAGUCGAGUUGCGACGCAAGCAGUCGCGGAUCUGUCGAGACAGAUGACAGAAAUGAGCAGGAGUAUGAGCCAGAGUGCGGAGCAGAGAGUGAGCAGGGUUAGUCAGAGCGCCGAGGAGAGGAUUGGAAGGGUGAUGGAGAGCAUGGCUGCGGUUGCGAAGGACGAUAGUGGUGAAAAGGGUACGAAUAUGUCAGUUUUGGUGGGGACCGCGGUGGGUGGUGUGGCGGGGAGUUCGGUUUUAACGGGGUUAUCGGUUGUUAUGUUUAUGAGGAGGAGGAGGAGGAGGAGGAGGAGAGGGGAUAGGGGAAGAAAAUGGGGGGGAAAAGAGGGUGGGGAGGUGGUGUAUGCUGGUUCUGUUCGUGAUAGUGGUUCUGCUCGUGAUGUUACAGGUGGCCUCAGCUCUCGUGGCAGUAGCCGUAACAGUCGGAGUAUCUCAACAAGGGAAAACACAAAAAGCUAUCACAGCCCAGUUGUAUGGGUAGCAUCAACAAACAACCUUUCCACCGCCGGUUCUGGCCGGACCCACGUGGCAUCACGUUCGACAAUGGCGACGUCAGCCAUCAAGUUAUCCGACUACGAAGACGAAAGCGUCUACAACGACGACGGCCUAAAUGGCGGGCUACCCUCCAGCUCGCGGGGAGGAAGUCUUAUGGAGGGCAGAACAGCAUUGUCACCACCACCGCCUCCAAUUCCUCCGCGAGCUAGGUCUAGAUCUCGGUCUACUCCAAAAGAAGCUGCUCCUGCUCCUCCUCCAGCAGCAGCAGAAACCUUCCCGUUCGCCCCCGAAAAUCCGGUUCUUCAGGCUCCCACUCCAAUAACAACAGCAGCAUCAGUUCUGCUUUCUCCCUUCCCACCCCGCCCGAAGAGUGUCAGGACAGGAGUAGGCACUGGUCCAGUCAAGCUCAAAGACCGCCAAAACAGCGGCGACGAGGCCAUGGGGGUAGGUUAUGCUGUGAGCUAUAACUCAGCGAUACCACCACCACCUGUACGGGCCGCCCCACCUGCACCACCAAAGUGGGCGCCGCCUACGAUACCCGGCUAUGAGGAUGAUGCAAAGCCGUUGAGCUCCUCAGGCUUUAAGCUAGACGAUCCGCCACCGUCGGGGGCUGCUGCUGCUGCUGCUGCUAACAAGGGAAAGACCGGCAGCAACAACCGUAAUAACAGGCUCAGUAUCUUCCCCGGCCCAAGUCCUAGUCCGACGCCAAGUACGCAGGGAUGGUCUUCGUCGCCGCUUAGUUCGCCGUCUACUCCCCCAGUUCCUACUGUACCAACCGACCGUUUGGAAGCAAGUGAACAUGGGAGUCAACUUAAACGGGGAGGAAGUGGCGGAACAGCGGAAGGAGAAGAAGAAGAAGAAGAAGAAGAUGAGAACGAAAAGAGAGGACGACCUUUUCAAAAGCGACAGCAGCAGCAAGCCCAGACCCGGGCCCGGCCCCGGGGCUCCUCCGUAACGGGACAAUCACCAAGUCCAGCUCCUACACUAGAGGCAUGGCUAAAGAGGGGGAUGUCCUCGACUAGAGUGCCGGUACGAAGGAGGGGGACGGAGACGGAGACGGAGACAGGAAUAGUAGCUGGUCCAGGGGCGUCGCCAUCAUCAUCAUUGCCGAGAUCAGCUUCUACUUCGAAUCUUGCUGCUGCUGUGAGGAGGCAGUCGUAUACGGCGAGGUUGAGGGAACAGGUGCAGCAGCGGUACAUGCUGGAUGCGGACGAUGGGGGGAGGGGGGAGGAUUGGCCUAUCAGGCAGUCUUAGUGUAGAUUCAUGGGUAGAGAGAAAUCAUUGUCGAUGAAAUGACAGAUGGAUAUGUCACUUGUUGAUUGGUGAUGAUGUGUAACUGAACU